AUGAGUAGCGAGGCUGUCACGAUCUCCUCCUCCUCCCCGAGCUGCUCCUCCUCAUCCGUCGACGACGAGUUCGAUUUCGUCACUCGAUUGCCGCCGGAUAUUGAGAGCAAGGUGUUCUACCCGCCCUCCGCCCAGUGCCCAACACUGAAAGAGCGCAUUCCCCGAAAAGGAAGAGAAAUUGGACGGAAACGGACUCAUCAGUGCCAAUACCCUGGCUGCGACAAGAUCUACACGAAAAGCUCCCAUCUGAGGGCCCAUCAGCGGCUGCAUACCGGUGAACGGCCCUACGUGUGCCAAUGGCCAGUGUGCCACUGCUCGUUUGCCCGAUCCGAUGAGUUGACGCGGCACUACCGGAAGCACACCGGCGCCAAGCCGUUCAGAUGCCCCAACUGUGGACGCACGUUCGGGCGCAGUGAUCAUCUCCAGCUCCACAUGAAGCGCCAUCUGAAUUCCGGCGGCGAACCGCCCGAAUUUAUCCAAUUU